AUGACUGCCAUCAAUGCCGCGUGCAACUUGGUGAUGAUCAUGGUCUGUAUUCAUCUUGCAGAUCGCAUUGGGAGAAGAAUUGCUGCCUUGUUCGCCAUGGCAGCACUGGGGGUGGGCGAGACCAUCUCUGAAUCUCGAAAGCUCGGCAUUUUCUUUUCGGAUCGGUCUCCAUUCUCGCGUUGA